GGGGUAGGACACGCUUUGGGGCGCGCCGCGCGAUCUCUGGUGUAGCACUGUCCGGGAAAUAAUAAACCGAGUGCUACAAUGGAACACGUGGUGAAGACUUGCAAAAUCAUCAUUUGAACAAUAGAAAGCGUCUUCUCCAUGCAUUUGUAUUUGCAACUGAUGCAAGACAACAUCAGAUGACAUCACCACCAUCUUAAGGGCUGCACUGAGCAGUCCAACAUCAUACUGACAUCAUCAUUCAUCAGUAGGAGGCACAUCAUGAGUGAAGGGGCGUCUGGAGACACCACUGGUAUGGAGUUUGAGGGAGUGAUUGGGACAGAGGAAACCCCAGUAAACACACUGCAUAGGUCAGCAGAGGAGGAGGGAACCACCACACGGAGGAAAAAGAAGAAGAAAAAGAAGGAGAUCAUCUACCGCUCUGACCUGGAGGACGAUGAUGAGGAUGCAGGGGAGGGAACUUCAGCAGAUGUGGAUGGAACCUUUGAUCCUCGACCUGAAGAAGAAGAGGAGGAUAUACCUCCCGACAGCCGUUUCGUGACUCUCACUGGCACCAUCACGCGAGGAAAACGGAAAGGCCAAAUGGUAGACAUCUAUAUGACCCUCACUGACAAAGAGUUGAGAGACAUGGCGCGUUCCAAAGAGCGUCUAGAUGCGGAGUGCGACGGGGUUGCUGAAGCCAAGCAAAAACCCUGCACACUAGGGGUCAGCCAGGGCCCUCAUGUUCUCCUCUGGAGCCUUUCCUGCUCUCCAUUCAUCUUCUUUCUCUCCUUCAUCUUGUCAUUUUACUACGGAACGCUCACCUGGUACAACGUCUUCCUGGUUUACAAUGAAGAACGCACCUUCCUGCACAAGAUCACAGUGUGUCCUUUGCUUAUCCUGUUAUAUCCGGUGCUAAUCAUGGUGUUGUGUGUUUGUAUGGGGGUGUAUGCCGCUGUCACCCAGCUCUCAUGGGUGUUUGGAGAAUGGUGGCUGGCGGUCAGGGACCUGGAGAAGGGCUUCUGUGGGUGGAUGUGUGGGAAAAUGGGAUUGGAGGACUGUGCCCCGUACAAUGUGGUUGAGCUCCUGGACUCUGACACUCUUUCCGGGACACUCCGGGGAAAGAGGACAGAAGAUGUUGAGACAACUUCUGCUUUGUGAGCUGGAAAAGAUGGAAUAACAUUGAUCUUAUGAGAAGUCGUAAUAAUAGGAUUAAGAAAUGGUAAAAUUGUAAGAAAUCGUAUGAGUUGGCUCAAAAAUGUUUGACUUUUAUUGCCAUAGAGAAAAAUAAACAAACCAAAUGAACAGUAAUAUCACGUGUAAUAUAAAUAGUAAUAUAAAGUGUAGCUCCAAUCCAUAAACCUAACCAUGAUUUUAAUAGUUAAAUCACUGUUGUGUAUUAGAGGUCAACCGAUAAUGGAUUUUGCAUAUACCUAUAACUAAGGUCGUGGAAAAGGCAGAUAACUUUUAAAAUAGAUUUAGUCUUUCCUUACUAUGACGGACACAUAUAUAGAGGCUACAAGAGUCCAAAAUAAGUAAAAUCCCAGAUGUCGUUUAUUGUUUAACCAAAAUCCCAAUAAUAAUCAGAUAUAAUGAAGAUUUGGUGCAAAAUGUGGGACUUUAACUUUAAACAAGCCCAAAAUACACGGGGGACUUUUAUUUUGAAAUAAGAGGAGACUUGGCUCCAUUACAAUGCUCUAUAUUUAAGUAUUAAUCAAAUUUAUCUUUUUAUAGCCUAUAUAUUCACCAGAUAAAGGGUUUUAUAUAUAUAUAUAUAUAUAUACUACCGGUCAAAAGUUUUGAAACACGACUGAAAUGUUUCUCGUGAUCUUAAAAAUCUUUUGAUCUGAAGGCGUAUGCUUAAAUGUUUGAAAUUAGUUUUGUUGACAAAAAUAUAAUUGUGACACCAUAUUAAUUUAUUUAAUUAUAAAACAAAAAUGUAAUAAAAAAAAAAAAAAGUUUUUGAAAUUGAUGACUUGGACUAAAUAAUAAAGAAAAGCAGCCAAUAAGUGCCCAACAUUGAUGGGAACUCCUUCAAUACUGUUUAAAAAGCAUCCCAGGGUGAUACCUCAAGAAGUUGGUUGAGAAAAUGUCAAGAGUACAUGUCUGCAAAUUCUAGGCAAAGGGUGACUACUCUGAAGAUGCUAAAAUAUAACACAGUUUUGAUUUAUUUUGGAUUUUGUUUAGUCACAACAUAAUUCCCAUAGUUCCAUUGAUGUUAUUCCAUAGUUUUGAUGACUUUACUAUUAUUCUAAAUGUGAAGAAAAAAAAUUAUAAUAAAG